AUGGAGGUUGUUGAAGUGGAAGUGGAAGAAGAAGAAGAUGAUGAUGAUGAAGAUGAAGACGAGGCGAGGUUUGGAGUGGCCGAAAAGGGAAGACAGCCCAGACUGACCUCAGGCCGCCCGUCACGCCCAACCCAGCGCCGGCCGCACCGCAGACCAACCCUGUAUUACAGGCAGGAUAACACUUGA